GGUGAAACUUGAAAAGGGAAGAAAUAGUCACGACUUAUUCCUCGUAUUGAUAAUUAUCGAUAUGAUAAUUUAUUAUAUAUUACUAGAAUAAUAAAAUUAAUAAAGAUACAAAAAUACUUUUGUUGGACAGAAUGCGUUCUCUUUCGAAAUUCAAAUAAAAAUAAUAAUAUGUUAAAACUAUAACAUGAAUUUGCAAUGGAUAAUUAUAACAAUCGUUCUUACAUUAGCAAAAUUAUCAACGUCGGAAAGCGACCCAUACUACAAGGAACCAUAUCGUCCACUAGGACCUCUUGUAAAAUGCAGCUUCCUACCCAUGGAAUUCCUGGAAUGCGACGAACCCGUUGACCACAAGGGUAACGAGACAGCAAAAAAAGCUGUAAAGCAUGGAUGCGUUAAAUUCGGUGGUGUACGUUACGAAGACGUGGAAAAGACGAAAGUGCAGUGUAAAGCAUUGGACGGCAUUGAAUGCUAUGGAAAUCGUAGCUUCCUAAGAGAUGGAUUUCCCUGUGUGCGAUAUUCUGGACAUUAUUUCACUACAACUCUUAUUUACAGUAUUUUGUUAGGUUUUCUAGGUAUGGAUCGCUUCUGUCUUGGACAAACAGGCACAGCAGUUGGAAAACUUCUUACUCUUGGCGGAUUAGGAAUUUGGUGGAUUGUAGAUGUAGUUUUAUUGAUUACAAAUAAUUUGCAUCCUGAGGACGGAAGUAAUUGGAAUCCAUAUGUUUAAUAUAAUGUACAGAUAAUUAUAAUAUAAAUAUAUAACUUUUUUAAUUUUA